GUUCCAGCGUAAACAUCAAACAUUAAACAUUUAUUCAUAUAUAUUUCUAUUCUAAAACUAUAAAAGUAUUAUGGAAGAUAAACCUAAAGUCGAUAAAGAUAAAGAGGAGAUUAAAUAUUCUAAUAACAUUCAAGAUGUGAAAGGCGCGUAUUUUUUGACCAAAUUUAUGCUGAACCUCAGCGAUCCAUGGGAUUUUGAAAAGCUUGUGUCCCGGAGCGAAUGUGACCCAAAGGUUCUGAAACGGACCAUUUAUAAUAUGACCACAGAUGUUGGUUUUUAUACCGGAAAACCGCUUGAUGAGGAUGGCAUUUUAACUAUAUAUGAAGGGGAAGAUAUGUCAGGAAUCGUACAAGGAUUUAAAAAACCUCGAAGCCAUAAGAAAAAAACAAAAGGAAAACCGAAAGACACUAAGAAUAUAUUAGCUGGAGGCGAUACACAAGAAAUACUAAAGCAAGACGCCAUAAUAGAUAAAAAGAAAAAUGACGGAACUGGCGAUUACAAAGUAGAAGACGAUCAAGAAAACAAGUCAGAGGAUAAAGAAGAACAACUAGUGGAAGAUGUUAAAGAAGAUAUCAGUGACGCCGAAUCUGAAGAGUCAAUAGUUGAAUUACCCAUUUGUCCCUUAGAGCGUUACUUUGGGGAAUAUGAUGAGACUGGCCACGAGAUUAUAAGCAUUAAAAAACUGGCUAAAAAGGCAAAUACAACUGAGGUGUUUAUAAAAAGUACCCUUUACCACCUGGCCUUAUUAUCGAUUCAAGAAGAAGCUCAAAUGCCCCAUUCAGAAAAACCAACUCGAGAUCUAAAAUAUUUAAAAAACAUCGUUGAACAGGCCAAAGCGUCAUCUUUAGCACAUUCAGAUAUUAUUUAAUUGUAAGCGACGUUUUAAAACUUCAUUUGGUCAACGAUUCUGGACAUCAUAUUUUUCUGUUAUAUGGCACUUUGGAUGAUUUCGUUUUGGCCAAUAAUUUAAACUCA